GAGCUCGAAGGUCAGCUCGUGGGGGUCGAGCCGGUGAAGCGCCAAAUCCGAAUGCUAUGCGAGACUGCGAUUGCGACGGAGCGCCGAGAGUUGCUCGGCAUUGAGAGGAGACCCGUGGGGAACCACAUGCUGUUUAUCGGGAAUCCUGGUACGGGCAAAUCAACCGUCGCUGAGAUCGUCGCACGUCUUCUGCACAGCAUAGGUGCUGUUCCUACUGCCAAGCUGUCUAUCCAUGAAAAUGCACGAUCAGCACUAUGCGGCACCACGUUGGGUAGCACUGCGCAUCAGACAAAGGAGGUACUCUUGUCUGCCAUGUGCACAGGCCUCAAAUGGGAGAAUGGUGGUACGCUCAUGUUGGACGAGGCAUAUUCACUCCUCCCAAUGAAAGGCGGCGAAGACUACUCAACGGAGGCAAUCACCCAGCUCGUGGCGCUAGCUGAUAAGCUCCGGGGGAAAUUGGCUAUCAUCCUCGCCGGCUACUGGGAGCAGCCCAACAAUCGGGACAUCAAGCAUUUGCUUCGGGAGAACAGUGGCCUGGAUUCGCGCUUCCCUCUUCACAACCGGAUUGAUUUCCCCGACUACAAACCACCCGAGCUCCUCAAGAUAGCGAAAAACAUGAUGGAUUGGCAUGAGAAUAAGCUGGAUGAGAAGGAUGAUGGUGCGGCGCGGCGUGCGCUGAGUGAAAAACUCAGCGUGCCUUUACCAGGUAAUGCGCGCGAUGUGCGUAGCAUUCUCGAGGCUGCGAUGCGGAAGCGUGAUCUUCGAAUCGCAGCCAUUGAUGGCCCGACGCGAGACGAUCUCACGAUCUUGAAAGCUGAAGACUUCGCUGAG